UAGCUGGAUGGGAGGAGAGGGAGUCAAGCCAGGACAAACAUGGUAUGAAAUGACCCUUUCUAUUCUUGUUUCUAGGCGAAAGAAACUGCUAGUCUGUAUGUUUAAGAACUGUCAGUAUAGAGUAGUUAAUGUGGCUUGGAAAUUAUUAAAACCGACUGAGGUUAGCCUCAAAUAAUGAAUGCAAACGCAACCCUCUCGUUAGCGUUAGGUAACUAGCUCACCGCGAGCUAACUGACUCGCUUAGUUAGCGUGCUAAGCUCGCUAGUCCUCAACUGACAAACAAAAUAGCAUACUUUGAAGCAACAGCAGCUUUGUGCCAGAGUGGGCAGGCUCUCGUUUCUAGUUUUACUUCCUCAUGCUAAGAUUCCAGCUCACUGCCAUUCAACACAUUGCAGCAGUCUUGUUACCACUAUCAGUUUUAGUAUUUUCCUUUUAAAAAAAAAACAAUGUUUGUAAAGCGAAAAACUAGCCUGCUAUUUGUAUGUAUCGUGUAAAACGUUACAAGCAAAAUCACAGACGCAAGCUUUUGAUGUUUUAGCUAUCAAAUCGUGACAAACGUGUGAAUUACUAAUUCGGAGAAAAGAAGUGUGUAAUACUACUGGUUCUCCAACAUCUGUGUGGAAUUGAUGCGGUGUGUGUGUAUUGUGUUGAUGUAGAACAAGCUGAAGUCCUCUCAGAAGGAUAAAGUUCGUCAGUUUGUGAUUUUCACACAAUCAAACGAGAAGACCGCAGUGGCUUGCCUGUCUCAAAAUGACUGGAAACUAGACGUUGCCACGGACAAGUUUUUCCAAAAUCCAGAGCUUUAUGCUUCGAAUCUGAAGGGGGCCUUGGACAAGAGGAAGCUUGAGCAGCUGUACAGCAGAUACAGAGAUCCUCACGAUGACAACAAAAUAGGCAUCGAUGGGAUCCAGCAGUUCUGUGACGACCUGAGUCUGGACCCUGCCAGUAUAAGUGUCCUUCUCAUUGCCUGGAAGUUCAGGGCAGCAACGCAGUGCGAGUUUUCAAAACAAGAGUUUAUGGAUGGCAUGUCGGACCAGGGGUGUGACAGCAUAGAGAAGCUAAAAGCUCAGCUGCCAAAGAUGGAGCAAGAGUUAAAGGACCAAGGGAAAUUUAAGGACUUUUACCAGUUUACAUUUAAUUUUGCCAAGAAUCCUGGCCAGAAAGGCUUGGGGGCAUGGCCCGUCCUUAUUGAUGACUUUGUGGAGUUUGCACGGCCGCACAUCGGGACCAAAAGUACGGCGGUUUGAGGGCUGGUUUUCCACAUCCGAGGUUUCUACCAUCAGGACGGCAGUAAAUGGAGGACAAGUGAACCGCACUGAGCUGAGAACUCCGUUGCCUUUUCAACACUCAGGACUGAAAUAUUUUACACUUCAGAGACUUUAUAAAGAUGUGUCUGUUUGUACACACACAUAAAAGGCAUAUUUCUUUGCUGGUCAGCUCGUGGCUGUAUCAGAACUUUCAUCUAUAAAGUAUUGAGCUUCUGUGCACUCAAGCCAACUGGAGAGGAUUUAACAUCAUGGCCCAUGUCGUUCCCAGAUGUGGUUGGGUGCGAAGACGGGUAGUUCCACACGCCUAAAUUGUUACGAAAACUCAAGAGUUUGCAAAGGGUUAUUCUUUAAAUAUUGAAUUUUAUUACUGGUGUGCAUUCUUAAUUUCAUUUUUUUUGUUUUAUGAUACAUUUGUGUGACAAGUCAGUAUAAAACAUUGAUUGUAAUUUUUUAGAAUCACGAUGCUGUGCGAACACAAAUGUAUGGAGAUAAAAAUAAAUGUUUCAAUUCAAUGUCUUUAACCAAACUUCUGUGCAGUUUGGGCUGAUAAAGAACAUAAACAAGGUCAUGUAUCAAAAGUAAUUGGACAGUUGACUCAAAGGCUAUUUUAUGAGCAGGUGUGGACAAUUAAUUCGCUAUGUCUUUAUCAAUUAUGCAGAUAAAAUAAGAUAUGUGACACGGAACAGAAGCAGUCAAAUGAAUUUGGAGAUUUUCAGACAUGUGUCUGCUCAAAUUAGCUUCGUGGAGUCAAACUGACAGGCAGCAUUUCAUAAACCAGAUAGAAAAUGACUUCAAACACAGCCAUG